GUGGAAAAUCACCCAUCCAAGUAGAACUAGUAUGACAGCACCGACGAGUUACGACGAUGGCGCCCUGGCUAGAAACCUCUAGUAUGCUAGCAAGAGGAUGGAAGAUAUCGAAGGAUGUUGUCCCAGAAAUACGUAUACGCAUAGAGGCCCAGGUGGAUUGACACUUGGAAACGAGUUCAACGGCACCAACUUGUUCCCAGCUUACGUUGACGAUGGCCACCCCUUCAGAAGCUUGUGGUAUGCAAGCGAGAGACUCCUGGAGCAAGAUUAUAAACGUAUAGAAGGUAAUUAGAUAAUCGAGAAUGAUUAUAAUGAGAAGGAGAGUGAUGUGGAUACCUGAACAACAAUAAGGCUGGAUAUCUACUCAUAAGACCUUUUACCUUUCUUAGAAUAAUACACAUACAAGUUCACCC